GCAGAAUUUAGAGCUGUAUUUACAAACUUCGGCGCGAGUGGAAGACUGGGUCCAACUUCUCUUGGUAGUUACUACAGUGGUCGGCAUCAUGACGGUCAAGUUACUUUGGUCAGCGGUAUUCAACAAUGGGCUGUACCAUACACGGGUGACUACAGAAUAGAGGCGAUAGGAGCUGCAGGGGGGUACGACACAUCCAGCAGUAGGGGACAAUACCAAGGAAGAGCUGCUAGAAUGAAAGGAACUUUUCGCUUAUUCAAAGGCGAAACAAUUCAGAUACUUGUUGGACAAGAGGGUGGAAUCAACAAGCGAAGUUCAAGCUCCGGAGGCGGUGGAGGUACUUUUGUAGUGAGAGGAAGCAACACGCCUUUGAUAAUAGCUGGAGGAGGUGGUGGCAUAGAAGGUGCUUCCUUUAGGCAUUCAGGAUGCGAUGCCUCUACAGGGACCGCAGAGAAUGCUGGGUACAAGUCAUGGUCAGGAGGAAGUGGUGGACAAGGAGCAACGACCGCUGACAAUGACAACUCAGGUGAGAUAAGUGUGUCAAGACGAGUAGAACCACCACAACAACAAUCUUCGCUAAAUCUAAAAUCUAACUACAUCGGCCCAGUUUUUCAAUAUGGAGGCUAUCGACGGAUGUCAAAGUCCUCAACUUUUUGUAUCAACUUUUUUUAAGAGUCAUAAGAGAAGACGUUGUAUCGGUCGCUCGUGAAUUAAAAACAAACAAAGAAAAGAUCUAGCUAUCUGACUAUCUCCCCUUCGGAUUCGAACUAAUGACAUCGAAAACAACAGUCCGGGUUUACAUGUAAAUUUUCUCAUUGUUAAGUUUUGACUUUGGUCCGUCUCUUUUUCGGUUUAAUUAACGAAUACCAUCACAUCCAUCGCAUGUUGACCAUUAUUUCAUAUCAAUUAAAACGUUGAAAAUGAAGGAACUUCACUCAUCAGCGUUCAUAGCUGCUAAAGACUUUUUUGCCUUGUUUCCUCAAGAUUCCUCAAAAGAAGUGCAUGUUAAAGUUGUUUAGUUUUCAGUUUUUUCAAUAAUUCAUGGAAUUAAUAUUUAGAUUUGUUAUAUUGUUCCUCAUAUAAUUGAUAUACGUGUAAAGGCAGAUAAUAUUAGAUUAAAACAUUCAAACAUAGAGAAAUUUGAGUAGGUUUUAAUGACCUUGGCCAACUGUGAUGAAAUUGGUGGUAUGCAUUUGUAUUUAACAAAUAAAAAGGCAUAUUAGUGACACACAUCGAGGCCUUUGUUAAAUGAAAAAAGGCGCUGCAAGAAAUCCACCUACACAUGAUACCUGUUGUAAGUGAAGAGUUAUUUAAUGUUAUUUAUACUUUAGGUGGUGGCGGUGGUGGUUUCUUCUCCAGUGGAAGAAGCUCAACACAGUUCGGAGGCUCAAUGGGGAAUGGCGGAGAAGGAGGCAAAGGAUUUCUUCAGGGAGGAGUGGGUGGAAGAGCCUGGUAUAACAAUGCUGUUGGUGGGUUUGGAGGGGGCGGUGGGGCUUAUGGAAAUGGAGGAGGUGCUGGAGGUGGAGGAGGCUACUCUGGGGGAAGUAGCGGGGAUAAUGAGGGUGACUCCUGUGGAGGAGGGGGAGGAUCUUACAAUGUUGGAAAGAAUCAGCAGAGUGAAUGUUGUUAUAAAACAGCUGGACAUGGACAGGUUACCAUAACACUGAUAUAA